CUUGGUGUCCAAUUUUCCUCAAGUAGAUAGACCGUGCCACGUGGCGCCGUUUCAUUCGCCUGCUCCCAUACCCUCCCAUCCAGAUAAUAUUCUUGCCCGAGGCUCGUACUGUCCUGGAGCCCGUCAUGGAUAUGCAAAAAAUCUGAAGUGUGAGGGAAAGAGCCACUCUUUGCAUCAAUGGCUCCAACUCUCACUUCCAAUUCGUUUCUUCUAACCUCCACACCCAAUCCAUCAAGAGCAACAAACCUCAAGAACCCGAGGCUCUCGGUCUUCGCCAAGAGGGCAGGACCCUUGUCUGCGUUUCGGUUUGGUAAGUCCGGGGACGAUGGUUCAGUGUCGGACGAAGGACAAGCUGAUGACUCCACCAAUUCCAGCCCUUUCCGGUUUAAUUUCGGCAAAAUGCCCGACGUAAAGUCUUUGGUCCCCGUUGUGAGUCGGCCUUCUUUAGGUCUGUCAUUCGGGAACCAAAGAGCGAAGGACCCUGGAACUGUGUUUGUUGCUGGCGCAACCGGGCAGGCUGGGGUUCGGAUAGCGCAGACCCUUCUACGUGAAGGUUUUAGCGUACGGGCUGGUGUGCCUGAGCUUGGUGCUGCUCAGGAGUUGGCUCGAGUUGCUUCUAAAUACAAGAUCAUAUCGAAUGAAGAAUCAAAACGCCUCAACGCGGUCGAAUCCGUCUUCCAAGAUGCUGAGUCCAUUGCCAAAGCCAUUGGAAACGCCAGUAAAGUAGUCGUCACCAUUGGCCCUGCCGAGAAUGGUCCAACGACGGAAGUCACCCCAUUUGACGCCUUGCAGGUGAUUCAAGCUGCCCAACUGGCCGGCGUUGGCCAUGUGGCGAUAAUCUAUGAUGGAAACUCAGUGGGAUCAUCAACGAACAAUGUACUAGAUGGCAUAUCUUCAUUCUUCAACAACCUCUUCUCGCAAACUCAGUUGUUGACAGUCGCUGAGUUUUUGCAAAAAGUCAUUGAAAUGGACGUUAGCUACACCUUUAUAAAGACAAGUUUGACGGAAGAUUUUUCGCCGGAGAGCUCUUAUAACAUUGUUAUGUCAGCUGAAGGAGGCGGAGGUGCAAACGACUACAAAGUAGCCAAGUCUCAGAUUGCAGCCCUGGUGGCAGAUGUUUUCUCAAAUACUUCCAUGGCGGAAAAUAAGGUUGUGGAAGUAUAUACCGAUCCAUCUGCACCCAUGAGGCCUGUAGAUCAGCUUUUCGGUACCAUCCCUGAGGAUGGAAGAAGGAAAGCUUAUGCAGAAAUGAUUGCGAAGGCAAAGGUGGAAGAAGAGGCAAUAAUAGCUGCUGAGAGAGCCCGCGAAGCAGCUGAGGCGACGAAGAAACUUGAAGAAGAGGUAAAAAAGCUGACCGAGCAAGAAGCUCGCGCGUCAAGUUUAGCUGAAGAUGCUCAAGUGAAGGCUGAUACUACAGGGGCCUCAAUAGAUGGCCUUUUGAACAAGGCAAAAAACAUUGGCACAAGGAUGUCGUGGGAAAAGUUUAGCACACAAGUUGUGGAUACAGUUCAAAAAUCCGUAGAGACGCCAAAAUCAAAAGUGCAGAUUGCGACCGUCAGAGGACAAUCAAAGGCUCGGACUUUAUCUCCGCAGAAAGCAGUUUCCAAGCCAGUUUCAACUCCAAAACCAGCUUCUUUGAAACCUAAGGAGCAGCCAAAGCCUAAAGCUAAACAAACAGAUGCGAAGAAAGAAGUGAGGAAGGUGUUCGGGGGCUUGUUUACGCAGGAAACCGUGUAUGUUGACGAUGAGUGAGACGAUUAAUUACUUGCCAAGUAAUAGUCUUUUCAGACUAUUUUGGUGAAAGAAUGUGUAGUAGAUUGUGGUGUAAUUGAAAUUUGGAAGAUGUUUAAUUUUACACGAGUUCUAGCAAAUAAUUUUUGUACUGGUUAAAGUCUUUUCUCAAUGAAUAAUGAAUUACUCUCUUUCGA